AUGCUCUCCACUCACUGGCUCCCAGCUGCACGGGUCAACCUGGCCAAAACCAGGAAAUUCUCACUAAUAUCCACCCAUACCUCAUUCCCAGCGACCAUGUAUCGCUUCCAACUACAUCGGAAAGCGACACUAUACGACGCACGCGAAGAGGAGAGUCGUCGCACCAAGGAUGGAAUCCAAGUUUCUGAUGACGGAUUGGUUCACGCCGCGAUCUCAAAGUCAAGUCCCUACUCCAAUGGGCCAGUUUUCAUGCCGAAUACUCGCCUGAUGCAGCAGAUGCUCCGGUUUGAUUACGAUCGCUAUCUUGAUGAUGUAGCUGAUGGGAAGUGUGUGUUGGAUCCUGUCGUUGUCCGCAUUGAGCGAGGUACUUCCAUCCCUGACUCGUUGGCUUUGUGGCGCGAAGGUGCUUCUCGCUUCUCGCUGCAGCCUUCAAGUCCCAUAGAAGUGGAAAAGCUUAAUGAUUUGCUGAGUGGGCUCUAUGAGACUUCUGCUACUGUACUUGAUGCAGGGGAAUUUGUUGAGAAGUAUCCUUACCGGGAGAGUAUUUUUGAUAAAGAUGAGCAGGCUUGGAUGAAGGCUUAG